AUGAGGAUGAAAUAUUGGACGGUAUCAUCACCGUCUCUGCGUCGUUUAGACGAUUGGUUUCAUCACAAAGUAUGAAACAAAGAGCCUCAAUCAUUAUUCGGUAACAGUACCGGAUGAGUCACCACACGACCAACUACCAGCCAAACGGAAACGCUGACAAUGACCGGUUCAGCCGUGACGUCGACCGCCAGAAGGACCAAUCGUGUUCCGUCUUUCCUUACGCCGCUGCUACGCUCUGUUCCGAGGAAACCCCCACAACCGUCCUAUCGAUUCCCCCUUCCCCAUCGAUUUCUCCACUGACCCCGCUCAUCACCGGCGAAGCGAUGGGAAUGGAGGUGGGCUCCGCGGUGGAGAUCUCGGAGCCACUCCUGCCGCCGGAGAAGACGGGGGAACUCGUACACGCUGAAAAGAUCCCACCUUGGAGGGAGCAGAUCACCGUCAGGGGCUUGCUUGUGAGUACCCUCCUGGGGGCUCUGUUCUGCAUCAUCACCCACAAGCUCAAUCUCACGGUGGGAGUGAUCCCGUCGCUCAACGUAGCCGCUGGCCUCUUGGGGUUCUUCUUCAUCAAGAGCUGGACCGAGCUUGCAUCGAGGAUUGGAGUCUCGGCGACGCCCUUCACGAGGCAGGAGAACACGGUGAUCCAAACUUGCGUCGUGGCCUGCUAUGGAUUGGCCUUCAGUGGGGGGUUUGGGUCGUAUAUGCUUUCAAUGGAUCAAAGGACGUAUGAACUCAUAGGAGCUGAUUAUCCUGGUAACAGAGCAGAAGAUGUUAAAAAUCCUUCCUUGAGUUGGAUGAUUGGUUUCAUGUUUGUUGUGAGUUUCCUCGGGCUUUUUAGCCUCGUGGCACUACGUAAGGUUAUGGUAAUUGACUACAAGCUUACAUAUCCUAGUGGGACUGCUACAGCUUUGUUGAUAAACAGUUUUCACACUACUACAGGAGCAGAGCUUGCUGGGAAACAAGUUCGUUGCCUGGGAAAGUAUCUGAGCAUAAGUUUCUUCUGGAGUUGCUUUAAAUGGUUCUUCAGUGGUGUAGGAGAUUCCUGCGGCUUUGACAAUUUUCCCAGCCUCGGACUUGCAGCAUUUAAGAACACAUUUUACUUUGAUUUCAGUCCAACAUAUGUUGGAUGCGGUCUCAUCUGCCCACACAUUGUUAAUUGCUCUGUCCUACUUGGAGCUAUCAUAUCUUGGGGUUUCCUUUGGCCGUUCAUCGCCACAAAAGCUGGGGAUUGGUAUCCAAAUAACCUUGGUAGCAAUGACUUUAAAGGCCUCUAUGGAUAUAAGGUUUUCAUUGCUAUCUCUCUUAUUCUUGGAGAUGGUCUUUACAACUUGAUAAAAAUAGUAAUCAUAACUAUCAAGGAAUUCUUGAAUGCGUGCUCAAAGCAGACAAGCCUUCCCCUUGUAGUGGCUCAUCAAGAUGAUGAGAGUUCGAAACUGUUAAUGGAGGAAAGGCUGCGGAAUGAAACAUUUGUGAAGGACAGCAUACCAUCCUGGUUUGCAGCCUCUGGUUACAUUGGUCUUGCUGCUAUAUCCACUGCAACGAUACCGUGCAUCUUUCCGCAGAUGAGAUGGUACCUAGUCCUUGCAUGCUACAUUGUUGCGCCGGCACUGGCCUUCUGUAAUUCCUAUGGCACUGGUCUCACUGAUUGGAGCCUUGCAUCAACCUAUGGGAAGAUCGGACUUUUCGUCUUCGCCUCACUAGUCGGAAGCAAGGGCGGUGUCAUCGCUGGGCUGGCAGCAUGUGGUGUUAUGAUGUCCAUCGUGUCUACCGCUGCCGAUCUGAUGCAGGAUUUCAAGACAGGUUAUCUUACCCUAUCCUCUCCUAGAUCCAUGUUUGUAUCCCAGUUGAUUGGCACGGCAUUAGGUUGUAUCAUAGCUCCUCUCACUUUCUGGCUCUAUUGGACUGCUUUCGAUGUCGGAGCCCCUGAUGGAGUGUACAAGGCUCCAUAUGCAGUCAUAUACCGAGAAAUGGCUAUUUUGGGUGUCGAAGGCUUCUCAGCGCUGCCAAAGCACUGCCUGGAGCUCUGUUGUGUGUUCUUUGUUGCUGCGCUUGUGAUCAAUCUUAUGAGGGAUGUGACUCCGAAGAAUGUAUCCAGUUAUAUUCCGAUACCGAUGGCAAUGGCAGUGCCUUUCUACAUUGGAGCAUAUUUUGCGAUCGACAUGUUCGUUGGGACCGUGAUACUGUAUGUCUGGGAACGGCUGAACCGGAAAGAGGCUGAAGACUAUGCCGGAGCGGUGGCUUCAGGCUUGAUUUGUGGUGAUGGAAUAUGGACCAUUCCAUCUGCAAUCCUGUCGAUCUUUAGGAUUGAUCCCCCAAUCUGCAUGAACUUCACUCCUAGCAGCUGAACAAAGGGCAGAGCUGCGUCUGUGGUUGCCAUAUGUAGAAUGUAUGCCACUGUGCCAUCUGUAAAUGGACAUAGCAUUUGAUGGGCUAUUGGUAUCAUCAGUUCAAUUAUGCAUGUACGAAUCAAUUGUCAUGCGUCAAAUAAAAUAUCUGUAUAAGCUUAUAAUUCUUUCGGGAAAGGUAA